GCCAGCUCCAGCAGCCCGGAACUCUACGGGUGCAGGAGAUGAGAUCACGGAGGUCCCCGGCAAGCCGAGUGGCCAAGAUCCUUCGGCUCCUGAACCGGCAAAGAAGCCGACCAUCGAUCUCCCUGUUCGGGACCAGGCUGUUGGCGAUGGAGACAGCCACGAGGCUCGCUUCAAAAAUGGGGAGGAGGUGCAGUACUUCAGCGAGACGAAGGAACGAUGGAUCGACGCGGUCGUGGAAGGCCACCACGCCAAGGACGGGGCCAUCGUCGCGUACGACCUCAAUUGCAAGAAGGGGGUUCCGGCCGAGCGGCUGCGCCACUCUGGGGUCCAGUACAAAGUAGGCGAGCUGGUGGAAUACUGGAGCGCCUCGGGACAUCGGUGGAUGCCUGCGAAGGUGGAGCGGCUGAAUUUGGAGGCACGGGCCUGUGACCUGGACGUGAAGCCGGGAGCUCCCCUGAACCGAGUCCGCAAGGUCUCGGGCGCUUCGGAAGCUUCCGCCUCGCUGCAGAAGGCUCCGCCGCGGCCAUUGUUGGGCCCGAUCCUGGCCCACAACGUCGACGUGCCUCCCCCUCCGCUGGCCUGCGGCUUCAAAGCCGGAGACCAGGUGCAGUACUUCAGCGAGACGAAGCAGAGGUGGGUGGAGACGCUGGUGCUCUGCAUGUUCGAACUGGAGGGCAACAUUUGCUACGACCUGGACUGCAAGAAGGGAGUCUCCGCCGACAAGGUCCGCUCCUCGCCACGGGCCUCCCAAGAGCGCUACGAGGUCGGCGAGCAAGUGGAGUACUGGAGCGUCUCGGCGGGCCGGUGGCUGCCUGCGAAGGUCCAGGUCGUUCGAUUGGACCUCGGCCGCUGCGACCUGGACAUCAAGUUGGCCGCGCCUAUCGGAAGAAUCCGGCGCCCGAUUGGUCACGCCACGGCCCCCAAGCCCGUGUCGGUGCCGGCAGUGCCUGCAGUGCCGGCAGUGCCUGCAGUGCCUGCCGUGCCUGCAGUGCCUGCGCCCGAGCCGAUGCCAGCGAUGCCUGUGCCCGCUUCAACGCCGACGCCUCCUCCGCCACGCCGUCGCAAGCCUCUGCCGCAGCCGCCAGCAAGACCGGAGCCCCCGGUGGAGACGGCCGUGUGCCUCUCCGAAGAGGAGGUGCCUCCCAUGCCGCAUGCACUGCGAAAGCCGCUCCCGCCUCCGCCGCCCAUGCCGCUGCCCCUUCCAGUUCAAGCGCAGCCAACUCAGGAGCCUCAGGAGCCAACAAAGAUUAGCGAAACCGAGGCCCAGAAGCAGGAGCCCGAGAAGAGGGGCGCUUCCCCUUCCCCUGCAAAGGAGCCCACAGAGGAGCCUGUGAAGAAGUCGCCAGAACCGGAGCCUGUGAGGCAGAAGUCCCCGAGUCAGGAUUCAAGCCAGGAAUCUGAGGAAGAGGAGAAGCCGGCAAGGCAAGACAUGGAGAUCACGCGCACUCCGACGCCCCCACGCCAUGUGCUUGAAGCGGCCCAACAAGCUUCCCAAGCCUACAGAUCGCCAGUCCAGCUGCAAGGGCCUGACGAGCCAACUUCGCCGGCUGACUGCAUCCGGGUCGAGCUGGAUGAGGAGUCGGAGCCGACAGAGAGACCACCUCAAGAGGACCAGGCACCUCAGGCGCCAGAGCCAGAGCCUCCUGCGGCUCCC